AAAAUUUUCUAUAAUUUUUAAUAUUUUUUUCACUUUUCUCCAAAAUAACCCGUCGUUUUCCUUUUUCUCUGCUGAAUGGAGUACUAUGUGAUACAGGAAUGGGAAGCGUCGUAUUACUGUUGGGAAAGCAGAACUUGGAAGGACGGAAAAUUAAGCCUGUCUUCGAAAUUUAUUUGUUUUUCUGAGACCAACUCUGAACCUAAUUCUGGGCCAAAUGUGACUGCAGAUUUACGGCGUGUGACUGGUUUUCAAAGACGACUUGUUUCGCUCAUAUAUAAAGCUGUUGUUGUAAAUGUGAAUGAGGAGAAGCCUCUGUGGUUCUCGUCUCUAGCCAACAGAGAGGAAACGUACUAUUUUUUAGAGCAUUUUUGGAAGCAACGUCUGCUUAGCCUGGGACCAAGAGGUGAGAAUGAACUACAAGGCAGAGGUCAUGAUGGGACCUCAGGAGCAGGACAUGCUGACCGAAAGCAGAUAUUUGAAAUGUUGUAUGAUUCAGAAAAGACCUUGAUCGAUGCAUCAAACUCACUGGGAAACCAGGGAGAACAGCUGGAUAGAUCAGCUCGAACAAUGAACAGAAUGCACAAAGAUUUGAAUGUGACAGAAACGCUCAUAAAUGGCUUGGAUAGAUGGUUCACAAAAUGGGACAUGAAACCUGAAGACUUCUUUGAAAUUAAAAUGAAAAAGGAAUAUCCAGUUUUGUACAGGAAACAUACAAAGGAAUGUUACUUUCCUGGUUCGUUAGUUUUCACAGAGGGACAGCUCACUGUUUUGAAUAUAAAACGUGUUGCAGAUGUUUCUAUACUAUUGAACAAUUUGACAAGUAUCAUUGUGAAUACACCUUGGAAUAUUGUGUUGCUUCGUUCGGCCAUCGGGGAAGUCGAUGUGAUGGUUGAUAUAUCUUCUGCCCAAGUUGUCUACGUGCUUAAGGCACUUCAAUCAGAACACGGCCAUAAGUUCAACUAUGACGAGAUUUCCGACACCAAGAAAGUUAUCAAAGUUUCAGAGAUGCCCAAGGUUGAUACGCUUGUAUUUGAUAAUGAUCAUAAACAACAAGUUGGUGAUGAAGAUCUCGAAGCAGUUGGUGAUAUUGUUGGAAACUUGAAAUCAUUGGCGGUUGGUAUCAAUCAGGAGAUGACACGACAAGUUGAAUGUUUGGACCAGCUCUCAGAGUCUGUGGAUAAAGCUGAACAUAGAAUAAGGAAAAACACCAGAAAAGUCGAAAAAAAGCUUUAAAACUGCAUCUGAAAACAACUGAGUACAAAGGUAGAAGGUUAACCACUCUACCUCAGAUGAUCUCGUUCCCAGGCUCUCGCGAGCUGAAGAGUGGUGAUUAAAACUGAUCACGUGGUCCAGGAUUUAUAAGAAGAUCAAUCAGAAUUUUAUUUCGCGUUGCUUUGUCACUUUUAGGAAGGAUCAAAAUUUAGGCGUCAAAUAAGUUAGCAUUUUAAUAUAGCAGGCACUCUAAUUAUAUAUGGGAUAAAUAUUAGCAGAUCGUAAGUCGAAAAAUAGGGUCGGUCUUGGCGAGAGAUUGAAGAUCACAGCAAUAAACCUUUUGCGUUAUAGACUACUUUUUCAUCCAGGAAGUAUGAAAAUUGUUGCCAUUUUCGGCCUGAAUUGGUAACAUUUUCCGUGCGUAGUAAACUGAAAAGUAUACAAAUUUGCAAACUUUCCAAGACUUAUAUUCUUAUUUUAUAGCAUUCUGCAAGCAAAUUCUGCAGUUUCACUAAUCUUAGGGGCUGUUUACAUGAGCCCGGUUACCCGAGAUUCAACGAAGCGUGAGAUGAUUUUGAGGUAUUGAAAUAAGCAGAUGACAUGAUCCUGGCAGUCGUAAAAUCACCAGAACAAUAUCAUGUGCUUGUUUGGUGUCAUAAAGACUUAUUUCAAUACCUCAAAGUCGCCUCACGCUUCGUUGAAUCUCGGGUAACCGGGCUCAUGUAAACAGCCCCUUAGUAUGCUCUUUUUAGUUGUGGUGAUAUUUCUGCAGAAACUCCCUUGCCUGGAACAAAAAAGUAGUCUGUAAUGGCUGCAAUGUUGCACCCACGUGUUGUGUGAAUAGUGAUACUUUUGAUACAGUUGUCUUGUGUAUAUUAGCAGAGUUUAGAUUUGACUCACUACCGUUGAACACCUGCGCUCGUGAUUGGUUGAUUUUGAACACCUACGCUCGUGAUUGGUUAAUCUGACAAGUUUAUCGCUAUCUGAUUGGUUCAUCGUGCCCUAAACGUACUCGUUGAAUCUGAACGUUGCUAUGAAUAAAAAUGUUUUUGAUAUUUAAA